AUGGCUUUUGUGCAACGUCGAAAGGGUCCUGAUGUAGUGGGAUCGUUCGGAUUGUUACAACCUCUAGCAGAUGGUUUGAAAUUGAUUCUAAAAGAACCUAUUUCACCAAGUAGUGCUAAUUUCUCCCUUUUUAGAAUGGCUCCAGUGGCUACAUUUAUGUUAAGUCUGGUCGCUUGGGCCGUUGUACCUUUUGAUUAUGGUAUGGUAUUGUCAGAUUCGAACAUAGGGCUACUUUAUUUGUUUGCCAUAUCUUCGCUAGGUGUUUAUGGAAUUAUUACAGCAGGUCGGUCUAGUAAUUAGGGGGCGGCCGUUCGGUCGCCUAUGAUACUAGGACCAAUAGGUCAAAAAUGGGUUUGUGCCGCAGGUGUUGAACGAUCUACUCUACACAGGUGUGGGCUUACAGGGCUAGGGCUCAUAAACCUUUUCUUUCAUUCAUCAAUAGGGCCCUGGUCGGUCACUUUCCGGGUCGGGAUCGAUAAGUAGAAGUCAUAAAAAAGAAA